AUGUUGCAGCAAGAUGACGCACGCAAGAAAGAGAUCUACACGUAUCAGGCCCCAUGGCUCAUCUACGGCAUGAACUGGUCCGUGCGGCCGGACAAGAAAUUCAGACUUGCCCUCGGCUCCUUCCUUGAAGAUUAUACCAACAAAGUGUCCAUUGUACAGCUCAACGAGGACACUGGAGAGUUCGUGCAGACCGGUGAGUUCAAGCACCCAUACCCGGCGACAAAGAUCAUGUGGAUCCCGGAUAGGGUGGGCGACAAGCCCGAUCUCCUGGGCACCACCGGCGACUACAUGCGCCUCUGGCAGGUCGGGGAGAGCGGCGAUGUCAGCUUGAAGUGCCUUCUCAACAACAACAAGAACUCGGAGUUCUGCGCUCCCCUCACGUCGUUCGAUUGGAACACGACGAAUCCCAACAUCCUCGGCACAUCCUCCAUCGACACGACGUGUACCAUUUGGGAUAUCGAGAGGCAAUCGGCCAUCACACAGCUCAUUGCUCACGACAAGGAGGUGUACGACAUCGCCUUCGCCAGAGGAACGGAUCUCUUCGCGUCAGUGGGCGCCGACGGCUCCGUUCGCAUGUUUGAUCUCAGGAAUCUGGAACACUCCACGAUCAUCUACGAGAGCCCCGAGCAGUCGUCUCUGCUUAGGCUCUGCUGGAAUCGUCAGGACGACUACUAUUUGUCCACAAUCUCGAUGGACAGCAACAAGGUCAUCAUCCUGGACAUCCGCGUGCCCUCCCUGCCGGCGGCCGAGCUCACCGGCCACAGCUCGUGUAUCAACUCUCUGGCCUGGGCGCCGCAUUCGUCGUGUCAUUUGGCCACGGCCGGCGACGACUCCUCGGCGCUGAUCUGGGACCUCUCCUCCAUGCCCAAGCCCAUCGAAGACCCCAUUCUGGCGUACAAUGCCGAGGCCGAGGUGAAUCAGCUGCAGUGGUCGCUGGGCCAGCCCGACUGGAUCUCCAUCGCCUUUGCCUCCAAAAUGCAGAUCCUCCGCGUCUGA